AGCACGUGGCAGCUAGUGGGACCAUACAUAUAACUUCACAACUUCCCCGUCAAGCUUUUUCCCAUCUCAAGUUUUGAUCUUUCGUGCGAUUGCUGCCUCUGCAAUGGGUGGCGGUGGAAGAAGGAUACCCACAAGCAACAACAACAAUAACAAAAGCAAGAGCAAACGAAGAGGGAAUCCGGACACGUCACGGUCGUCUGGUCGUCGAAUAAGGAACUCUUUGUUUGUCGAAGGAGGUCUUUUGUCAGAUUGGCAGCAGCAGUUUCAAUCUUCUUCGCGAGGAAGCAGUGACAAAAUGAAUUCCAAUUCUGGGUUAAAAUCUGGGAGUUUAAAUCCAUCAAAAGCUCCUUCUAAAAAUGGAUCAAGGAAGUCUAUUGGAAAUGUUUUUGCAUACGAAUACCCUUCUGUUGAUCUUGAGGAACUGCACAUUGGCGACAAUGAUAAAGAUAAUUAUUUGGAUAAGUCACAGCCCAUUAUUUUGGUUGGUUCUCGAGAUAGCAAGAUUGUUGCUUAUUUAGAUGAAACCCCAACUUCAGAUCCUCAUAAUGUGGAUCAUAGCUAUGAUUAUAGCUCAGGCUUUAUGCUGAGUGAUAGCUCGCAUAGGGGACUGGGGUUCUAUGAUGAAUCUGAGGCAACCCCAAGUGGUGUUGAUUUGUCCUCAAAGCAAGUGGAUGGAUGUGAGGCCGCAGGUUCUGAUUUUCCAUUCCCCAAGGAGGACAUGGACAAUGAUGAGAACAUUAAUCUGGAGAAAGUGGAUACUGAUGAGAACAUUAAUCAGGAGGAAGGUGAUGAGAUGGCUGAUGAGUUGCCUGAUAAGAAUGUUACACCAAAGAAGAAUUCAGGGUUCUUAUCGAUUGGGGGCAUGAAGUUAUACACAGAAGAUAUGUCUGAUGGGGAUAGUUAUGACAUAAGUGAUGGGGACUCAUGUGAUGAUGAAAGUUCAGAGUCAUAUUCUGAUAGUGAUCAAUCAGAAGACUUGUCUGAUAGUGAUUCAGAUAUUGAUGGAAAGAUUGCUGAAGAUUACUUAGAGGGAAUUGGUGGGAGUGACAAUAUUUUAGAGGCCAAGUGGUUGGUAAAGCAGGAUUUUAAUGGGUCUUCUAGCUGUAGUUUUGAUGGUACUUUAUUAAAGUUGGGUGGAAUAGCUCUCCAAGAUGCAUCUAGGGAAUAUGGUAUGAGGAAGCCCAUGCCUGCGUCAAAGAAAAAAAAAUCCAUAGCUUCUGGAGGUGCUUAUUCUUCUGCAUUUGAUGACCUUACACUUGUUAAGGAUGCAAGGACUGUUUCUGCAAAGAAAAAGCACGCUCCUCGCCUUCCCCAGUCUUGGCCUCGAGAGUUUCAAAAGAGUAAGAAGUCCAGAAAUUUUCCAGGUGAAAAAAAGAAGCACCGAAAAGAAAUGGUUGCUGCAAAACGUCGUGAGAGAAUGCUACGCCAGGGUGUUGAUCUCAAGCAAAUAAACUCGACAUUAGAGCAGAUUGUUUUGGAUGGAGUAGAUAUGUUUGCAUUUCAACCUAUGCAUCACCGAAAUUUUUCCCAGGUACGGCGAUUAGCUGCAAUAUAUCGCUUGCAGAGUAGCUGUCAAGGUUCUGGUAAGAAAAGAUAUGUAACAGUGACACAAACACAACACACAUGCAUGCCAUCCACGAGUGACAAACUUCGUCUGGAAAAGUUGAUUGGUGCUGGUGAUGAGGAUUCUGAUUUUGAUGUUAAUGAAGGUCUGCGUAUAAAAUCAGUAGGUGCAGACAGAAGCAAGAGCAAGACAUCAAAGAAUACAGCCCUUAGUAAUAAUACUGGUGAAACAAGUAAGAAGAAAGGGAGAGGGAAAAAAGUUGCAUAUGCUAGUCAGCCUGUCUCAUUUGUGUCAAGUGGUGUUAUGCGGUCAGAAAUUGUUGACAUUGAAACACUAGAUUCUAAAGAGACAAGUGAAACUUUUGAGAGCAAGGGCUCAACCAGCCUGACGCAGGUUGGAGCAUUUGAGGUACACACUAAGGGGUUUGGAUCCAAAAUGAUGGCUAAAAUGGGAUAUGUAGAGGGGGGAGGAUUGGGAAAGGACGGUCAAGGUAUGUCUAAACCCAUUGAAGUGGUCCAACGACCUAAAUCUCUUGGGUUGGGUGUGGAAUUUUCAAACAUUGAUGAUGACACAACAAGGAAGGAAUCUCGUGGUGACUCCGGGAGGAAGGAAUCUUGUAGUAACUCAACAAGAAAGGGACCUCAAAGCAUUGGAGCUUUUGAAAGGCACACUAAAGGUUUUGGAUCAAAGAUGAUGAUGAAGAUGGGUUUUGUUGAAGGAAUGGGCUUGGGGAGGGAUUCCCAAGGUAUUGUCAACCCUUUGGUUGCAGUUAGGCUUCCAAAGUCACGAGGCUUGGGUGCCAGCAAAGGAAAGGUGGGAUUUGACCCAGUAAAAGGGCUUGACAAGGUGGCUCAACUACAGAUGAACUACGAGUUGUCCGGGAAGAAGCUUGUUGUGGAGGAUAUUUUCUGUGAACCAAGCAGUCCUGGACUUUUAGGAACAUAAUUAGAGAUGGACUAUCUCUUACCUCUCUCAGCCACUAUAUUGGCUUACUCUCUGCUCAUGGACAUAGCAAUCAUGCCAGCAACUGGUACAGUAGUAUUCUUCCCUCUGUUCUGGUUUGUGCAAUUACUUGUUCACUUCUGUGAAGCUGGACUGGAAAACUCUGUCCUCAAAUAGCAUUGUUAGGAGCAGUGAUGGUGAACUCAAGAAUGAGCUUGACUUGUUUUUGUUGCUAGAGAAUAAGCAUUGUUAGAGAAGAAGAAAAAUAGUUGAUGAGCCAGUUUUUUGGUGCGGCAAUACCAACAUGAUGAGAGGGUUCAAGCCAUGCCAAGUUAGAGCUGAAAUUUCUUCAGCUUGAACUUGACUCAUUUAAGCUGAUUAGUGAUCCAAGCUGGUUGAGCUCGGAUUGAAUCCACCCCAAGUUUUUCCCUCAGAAUGACCUCCAUUGAUAUAUAUCAUUCUUGGAUAUUUGCAGUCAUUUGACAGACUAUUGACUCAAAGUCAAUUUGAAUUUGAACUAAAUAAAUUUGAACCAAACUAAGCCAGCUUUCUAGUCCAAGUCAAGCUCGAUUCAGGUCCAAACCUAUAUCAGCCACUCUAAAUUUUCUUACUCCCUGUUCAUGGAUACAGCUAUAAUGCUAGCAACUGGUACAGUAGAAUUCUUGCCUUCGUCCUGGUUUUUGCAAUUACUUGUCCACUUUAGUGUAGCUGGACUUAAAAAAUCUAUCCUUCUCAAAGAUUAGCAUUGUUAUGACCAGUGAUGGUGAGCUCAAGAACGAGUUUGACCCGUUCUUGUUGCUGGAUAAGAAGAAGAAGAAUAGUCAGAUUGUUCGAGAAUAAGAAAGAGUAGUUGAUGAGCUGGUUUUUUAGUGCGGCAAUGCUGUUGUGAUGAGAGGGUUCGAGCCAGACCAAGCUCAAUGAAAUUUUUUAAGUUCAGUUUGAACUUAGCUCAUUUAAGGCGAACAUCGAUCUAAGCUCAAGUAGCUCAAAUCAAGUCCACCACCAGUUUUUCCAUCAGAAUGACCUCUACUGAUAUAUGUUAUUCUUGGGUAUCUGCAUCCAGUAAUUUGACAGACCACGCACUUUAUUCCAGCUGCAUUAGAACUAAGCAAGAGGGCAAUAUCAUAUCAUUAGCUUAUUCAAGUUAUCACAAGUCAAAGGGCAAGUUGCAAUGCAUUAAGUAUUUUGUUAUUGGGUUCUUGGAAGCCAUGAAUAUACCCUUGAAAGGUUUCUGAACCUUCCCUCACAAGUUUCACAUUUUUCUUGUGGAGUGAUAAUGUUAAUACCCCAUUUUCAAAACUUGCCAUGAAUGUUGGUUGAAUUCAGAAUGCUAGUUGAAUCCAGAAAAUAUUUUUCUUAUUCUCAUUCA